CCUUCCUCCUCCUCCUCCUCCUCCUCCUCCGCCCUCCGCGUCUACUAUAUCAAAACAUUUUCUCUGAAAAUCGGAGUCGAUUCUUCUUAGCACGAAAGCAAUCUGCAGUAGAAAAGAUUUCCAAUUAGGGCGUACUGAGUCUGAGGAAUUUAUUGGAUGCAGAAGUUUCUGAGCAAUGGCAUGUUUAUCAGAAUUCAGCGUGUCUGUUAAUCAAUGACCAAAGCCCAUAUGAAGCAGGAUUCAGGAGAAGUUCACAAAGGUCUUGACAAAGUUCCGAAAGUUAAUUUGUCGCAACAUGUGGAAGCACAUAAUAAUUUUUCAUGCCAAGGGAAGUUUUUGGUUUCAAAGUUCCUUUACUCCUUAGAAACACAAAAACCUCGUCGUGAAGGACAAAUGGCUACAGGGCUAAUGACGUGCCAGAUUCAGAAUAUUCAGAGAUUACAGAAUCCUAAGUUUGAGAAGGCUUGGCAGGUUCUUUCAAGUCUUCCAAAGUCUUGCAAAACCUACAUAAGACCUGGAACAACCAUUCCAGUUAAGGAUUCUGUUGAUGAAAAUUCACACAAUCCAAGGGAAAGAUCUACUCUACAAAACUCAUCUGACAUAAGAAAGCACACUGAGUAUACCCAUGUUUAUCAAAACUUCAAUGAAAUCAAUGGCAAGGCUACCGAAUCUGCUAGGUGCAUGACCAAUUCUUAUUCAUCAACUAGCAUUGAUGCUGUGGAAGCUGGAAAUAAUAUGGGGAGCCACAAUGAGAUAAGAUCAUCCAUGUUCAAUCAUACUCAUACUAAAGACUUGAGGGGAUCAUUAGGCAAUCACACUGUUAAUACUAACCAACUGAACCAAUCUGUAUUGGCUGAUGACAUUGAUGACGAUGACAUACUUAAGGAUAUUGAUGUUGAUCAGAUUGUCUCAGAACACUACCAAUCUGUUUGCACACCUCAACCUUCAAUUUCUAAGUUUCCACCCAUUACUCCAACUGUGGAUAGAUGUAAUAUGGCACAACAAGAGGCUUGCUUGCCUCCCGAAUUGUGCUCUGUCUGCAGCCAUGGAUGUAAGCUAGGACUUUGCCCAGAAGCUGCUAAUCAUGUACAAGAAAUGAAGGACAUGUUACAACUGAAUAAGCAAAUUCAGCAGCUUGAGAGAUAUCUCAAUGAUGCAGAAAGACAAAAAUCACAUUUUGCUGCAUCAACAGCAUCUCGAACUUUUCAAUAUGAAACGCCUCAAGCAACUGCAUCCUGGAUAGAACCAAGCAAAUUUCAUGCCCGGGUUCAUUUACAUAAUGACUCAAGCAUGUGCAGGAACUGGGAUACGGCAUCGGUUUCAUUCCCUUCCUUCAAUAAUUUUGAUGUUUCAUCAGCUCCUGUGGGUAGGGAGCCGUACAUUCCAAAGAUCAUUGAAGUUAAUUAUAUUGAAGGUUCCAAUGACCAACAGUGGCGUAGCAGGGAUUUUUCAUGGACCAAAAAGCUUGAGGCUAAUAACAAGAAGGUUUUUGGAAACCACUCAUUUCGCCCUAAUCAAAGGGAAGUCAUUAAUGCUACAAUGAGUGGACAUGAUGUUUUUGUUCUGAUGCCAACUGGAGGAGGAAAGAGCCUGACUUAUCAGCUUCCUGCUCUUAUCUGCCCAGGAAUAACAUUGGUAAUUUCUCCACUUGUCUCUCUCAUCCAGGAUCAAAUAAUGCAUCUACUGCAGGCAAAUAUACCUGCUGCUUACUUGAGUGCCAAUAUGGAGUGGGCUGAACAACAAGAGAUCCUUAGAGAGCUUAAUUCUGACUAUUGUAAAUACAAACUGUUAUAUGUUACCCCAGAAAAAGUGGCUAAGAGUGAUGUCCUGUUGAGACACUUGGAGAGUUUAAAUGCACGUGAUUUGCUUGCCAGGAUUGUCAUUGAUGAAGCUCAUUGCGUGAGUCAGUGGGGACAUGACUUUAGGCCAGAUUACCAGGGUCUUGGUAUCUUGAAACAGAAGUUUCCAAAAGUUCCAGUUUUGGCUUUAACAGCAACUGCAACAGCCAGUGUGAAGGAAGAUGUUGUGCAAGCUCUUGGUCUUGUUAACUGCAUUGUUUUCCAGCAAAGUUUUAAUCGCCCAAAUCUAUGGUAUUCUGUUAUCCCCAAGACAAAGAAGUGUGUGGAAGACAUCGACAAGUUCAUUAAAGAAAAUCAUUUUGAUGAAUGUGGAAUUAUUUAUUGUCUUUCAAGAAUGGACUGUGAAAAGGUUGCUGAGAAGUUACAGGAAUAUGGGCAUAAAGCAGCUUUUUAUCAUGGUACUAUGGACUCUGCACAACGUGCGUUUGUUCAAAAGCAGUGGAGCAAAGAUGAAAUCAACAUAAUUUGCGCAACGGUUGCAUUUGGAAUGGGUAUCAACAAACCAGAUGUUCGUUUUGUAAUUCAUCAUUCUCUCCCCAAAUCAAUUGAAGGUUACCAUCAGGAGUGUGGCCGUGCUGGUCGAGAUGGCCAGCGUUCUUCUUGUUUAUUGUACUACAGUUAUAGUGAUUAUAUGCGUGUCAAGCACAUGAUUAGUCAGGGAGCGGUAGAACAGAGCCCGUUGGCAAUGGGAUAUGGUCGCAAUAUGGCAAAUUCAGGGAGGGUACUGGAGACCAAUACAGAAAAUCUCCUACGCAUGGUCAGUUAUUGUGAAAAUGAUGUUGAUUGUCGACGUCUCCUCCAGCUUCUACAUUUUGGAGAGAAAUUUGAUUCUGCAAACUGUAAAAACACGUGUGAUAAUUGCUCCAGGGUUAAAAGUUUUGUUGAGAAGGAUGUCACUGAUAUAGCAAAGCAAUUGGUUGAACUUGUGAAGUUAACAGGCCAGCAGUUUUCGUCAUCUCAUAUUUUAGAAGUCUACAGAGGUUCCUUAAACCAGUUUGUCAAAAAACAUAGACAUGAGACUUUGCACCUACAUGGUGCUGGCAAACAUCUUGGCAAGGGUGAAGCCUCCCGUGUAUUGCGCCACAUUGUUAUUGAGGAGUUUCUUGUAGAAGAUGUUAAGAAAAGUGAUAUUUAUGGAUCUGUUUCGUCAGUACUAAAGGUUAAUGAAUCCAAGGCUUACAAUCUUCGCUCAAACAGGGAGACAAUAGUAUUAAGAUUUCCUUGCCCUGCAAAAGCAUCUAAGCUGGGUAAAUGUGAAGUAACUCCAGCAAAAGGCUUGCUUACAUCUGGGAAGCUAAUUCCUCCUCAAGUUGACACUCCUGCACAGCCGCAAUCUGUAGCAGACCUGAAUCUCUCAGCCAAACUAUAUUCUGCUUUGCGAAUGCUUCGGACUAUUCUCGUUAAAGAAGCUGGGGAAGGGGUUAUGGCAUACCACAUAUUUGGAAAUGCUACGCUGCAGCAGAUAAGUAAAAAAAUUCCAAGAACAAAGGAAGAACUCCUUGAGAUCAAUGGCAUUGGAAAGGCCAAGAUAAGCAAGUAUGGAGAUCGAGUGCUGGAAACCAUUGAAGCUACCAUCAAGGAACACUACAAGACAGACAAGAACAGCAGCGGUAGCAAUGACAGCAAUGAUUCGGCAAAGAGGAGAAGAGGUGCAAAUGGGGUUGCAUACACAGACAUGGAUGAGGGGGAUGACUUCACAAGAAGCACAGGUCGAUCCAAGAAAAGAGCAACAAAGGAGCAGAACAAAAAUGGUGAGGCGUAUUAUAAUUCAAAGGAUCCAGUCUAUAAUCACUGCCUCGAUGAUGAGCUGGAUUUCGAUGAUUAUGCGUAUGAUUGUGAUUCUGAAAGGAAUGGGUCAGAGAUAAUGGUUAAUAAGAAUGGUGCAGGAAGAGUGUUACCAUCAUGGACAAUGACAAGAAAUGCAUAGGAUUCUGAGAAAAAAAAUGGGUAGAUGAUUUGUAUGACUAAUUGAAAAUGCCAGGGUUUUAAACUUUUUUGUACAAUGGUUUGGUGUGGAAAUCAAUUUCCACAUCACUUACAGUUAUCUUUAACAAAAAAUUAAAUAUUAU